ACAAGCAGCAGAAAACCUUCUGCGAUGCAAUCUUCUUCAUCUUCUACCUCCACAAAAUCUGUUGCUCAAGUCACUAGUGGGGAUACUGAAUUAGGACGUUUCCACCAUGGCAUUAGAAAUGAUGGGAGGACUGGAGAAUUUGAUGGACAUAAUCUCAGUCAUUCAAAAGAAAUGUGUGAUGUAUUCAGAGCUAAAUUUGGUCUACGUGAGUUCCGUCCCAAUCAACUUCAAAUUAUUAAUGCAGCCAUCUUAGGCCAUGAUUGCUUUGUUCUUAUGCCUACUGGAGGUGGAAAGUCACUGUGUUAUCAACUUCCUGCCUUAUUAAAUCCAGGAGUCUCUAUAGUAAUUUCACCUCUGAAAUCCCUCAUAUUUGAUCAAGUGCAGAAACUUAAUUCUUUGGAUAUUCCAUCUGCUUGCUUAUCAGGUGAUAUUUCCAGACAGCAAGUUGACUAUGUAUAUUUCGAUCUAAGCUUGAGGGAACCAAGUAUUAAGUUGUUGUAUGUCACGCCUGAAAUGUUGAGUGCAAGUGACAAGUUGAAAAAUAUUCUCUCAUCUCUACAUUCUCGUGGAAAAUUAGCUCGUUUUGUUAUUGAUGAAGCUCAUUGUGUGUCCCAGUGGGGCCAUGACUUUAGGCCAGACUACAGAAAACUGAAUGAACUACGUCAAAAGUAUCCUAAAGUACCAUUUAUGGCUCUGACAGCAACAGCCACUCCAAGAGUUCGGAUAGAUAUUAAACAUCAGCUUGGUCUUGUUGAUGUGAAAAUGUUCUUAUCUAGUUUCAACCGAUCAAAUUUGAAGUAUGCAGUGUUGCCCAAAAAGUCAAAAGCUUGUAAUGCUGACAUGAUUGAAAUGAUCAAAGAGAAAUUUCCACGCGCAUCAGGGAUAGUGUACUGCUUCUCUCGGAAAGACUGUGAGACAACUGCUCAGGAGUUCACUAAUGCAGGCAUCAAAACUGUAGCAUAUCAUGCUGGGCUUUCUGAUAAAGCAAGAGCCUCAACUCAAUCUCAGUGGAUCUCCAAUAAAGUGAAGGUUGUAGCUGCCACUAUUGCCUUUGGUAUGGGGAUUGACAAACCCGAUGUCCGCUUUGUUUUCCAUCAAACUAUGCCAAAGUCAAUAGAGGGAUACUAUCAGGAAACCGGCAGAGCUGGUCGUGAUGGUAAAUUGUCUCACUGCAUCACAUACUACAAAUAUGAAGAUUCCAUUCGACUGAAGUCAAUGAUUGAGAGUGAUCAGUCUUCAUAUACAGAUUGGAAUGCAAGGAGAACUGUUCUUGAUAGACACUUAGAAAAUCUCAGAUUUAUGAUUUCCUUCUUUGAAAACAAGACUGAUUGCCGCCGGUCUCAGCAAUUACAUCACUUUGGUGAAUUUUAUUCUUCAGAGAUGUGUUUGAAAAAUAGAGCAACAGCUUGUGAUAACUGUGAGGCCAAGGGUCAAUAUACUGAAACUGAUGUGACUUCGGAAGCUCGGGCUAUAGUGAAAUUUGUUAAGGAUAAGUGCAAUGGAACUGGGCCAAAAUUCAACUUUUCUCUUCUGCAUAUGGUAGAUGUGUUCAAGGGAAGUAAAGUGAAGAAAAUAGUUGAUGCAGAACAUCAUUUGCAUCCUAUGCAUGGCAUGGGUAAAAAAUGGAUGAAAACUGAUAUUGAAAGGUUGUUCCACAAGCUGGUUAUAGAAAGUUAUCUGAAGGAAAGUCUUCACACCAACCAUCUAGACAUGACCAAUGCAUAUUUGAAGGUUGGAUCAAAAGCUGCCUUACUAUUUGAUCAAAACUUCAAGAUGAUGUUCCCAAUGAAUGGCCCUGGUAGUAAGGCUGUUACUGAAGUUGAAGAAACAAGUAAUGAUCAAUCUGAUCAGGAAAUGGAGGAGAUUCACAGUCAGUGCUACACUGAACUUUCUGAGAAAGUCCAGGCUAUGGCAGAUUCUAUGGGUGUCAGCUCUGCUUCCAUUAUGAACCUUGAGGCUGUGCGGUGUAUGGCUCAAGAACUGCCUGAAAAUGAAGAAGAGAUGCUCAGAAUACCGCAUGUUACUAAAGCUAAUUUUGUGAAGUAUGGUGAUGCCUUAUUAGAGGUCACCCAGGAGUAUGCUAGCAGGAGGAAUGCACUUAUGGCUAAACGGGAAGAAGAUAAAAUUAAAGAAACCUUUGCAAAUGGCAUUGAAGACUGGGAUGAUGAUUUUGGAGGGGACAACAAUGGUAAUGAACAGGAAUCUCCCUACUUUACAUCACCAAGUGGAAGUAAACGAGGAGGAUUUAAACGAAAGGGUGGCUUCCGUAAAGGAAAGAAAACUUGGAAGAAGAGCCGUGGCAGUAGCUCGAGGAGUAAGGGAUCCUCCAGUGGUUCAAGUAGUCGUGGUUCAUCUUCCAGUAGGGGGGCCAGUAGUCGUGGAGGCAAAAAAAGUGCUUCAAGCUCAGGACCAGGUACUUUUGUGAUACAAAUCAUCAGGGUAUUUGUUCUAAACCUCUAUGCUGAUGUAGCUUACUGUGUUACUGUAUUUGUAAUUUGA